GCAAGAAGACCAUUGAACUGCCCCUCUCAAAAAUUGCAGAAGAGUCUGAGCCUGUGCCAUGUGUUCUGCAAGGAGAGGACAUCCAGGCACUUGCAAUUAAGGUGGAGGAUCUGGAGAAACUUCAUGCUCCACACCUUCCCCCUGAUGCUGGGAGAAAGCCAGUUGAGAAGAAAUACCUUGUUCGAAAGGACCAACCCGAAGAGCCCAAGAAGGUGUCGUAUCUCGUAGCACAUCCUGCUUCCUCCAAAGCACCCAAGGAAUCACUGACUUUUCCUGGACGAAGACAGUUUGCUGAUGGCCAUGAAAAGAUCCUUCCCCAUCACAUUUUGGGCAGUCUCCAGGAGUUUAAGAUGGAAGCCUUGGCCAGAGGAAACACUGAGGUUGCAGAUGUUAUUGAGGUUUCUCAUCCAGAUGUUACUGCAGCAGCUUUAAAAGAGAAACAUGGAGGAGAGAAGAAGAAGAAAAAGGCUCCUCAGGCCCAACUGGCACAGGACAAAGCUCUGCAGAACUGGAGCCGUCAUAUGGCAAUCAGGAAAAAGCAGGAGAAAUACCUAGGAGAAAUUCUCCAGAGGCCAGAGAAUGAAUUGCAGAUGAGCAUCUCAGACAAUUACAGGCAAAUCCGGGAAGAAUGUGACCUCAUUGACCGGAGUCUCCCUGCCCUACUUCCUGGAAAGGGAUACCGAGUAGGAAGUGAGUUCUGGAGCCAACCUGAGCGUAUUGGAGAUGAACUUAGUGGUCUGAUGCUGACACUGACUCGGACAGAACGUGGGUACCCACAGCCAAUCACUCAUGUGGGGAAACCCCACACUAUCCAGAUGGAAACAGGUCUGAAGCCUCCAACGAAGAUUCCUUGCCAUCUAACCGUGGAUAAGAGUCUUUUCCUGAAACAUCGACGUCAGGAGCUAAAACCUGUCCUGGAGGAGAUGGGUUUUUAUAAGCCGGAUCUGGAGGGACUGGAGGUGAUUGGUAAAGGGCAGCCUUUCACAUCUGUCUCAGCAGAGGCUCUUCCAGAUUCCACCACUUCUGAAGAGAUUGAGACCCUCAGUGACCCCUUAAGUGCCUCCUGCAGUGUGUCUCCAGAAGGAGAGAUGCAUCCAUCCUUAGUUUUCUGUGGCCAGCCUGCUCGUUGGAUCCAGGGCACCACUUAUUGCAUGGACGAAAUUGGCAUUGCUGCCCGGCUCACCUUUGAGAGUCUGACUGGUGAGGAGGCUGAAAGCUCCCUGACAGUGAGCAAUGAUGGCACAGCUGCCAUCUGGUACAGCUGGAUGAGGCUUCCCCAGCAGAUUCCCUCCAGAGAAACCAAGGGGAAGAGGAUGCCAUGUUUUUACUUUGAUACCAGACCAGGUGUAAUUUUGCCUGGAGAAACUCUGAGGUUUUCCUUUCUUUUCAAGUCAGAGAGAGCAGGCAUUUUCAGCGAGUCCUGGGAAUUUAGGACACAUCCUCUGUUAUUAGGAGGAGCUCUGCUGCAGGUGACCCUUUGGGGAAUUGCUGUGUGUGAGGAUAAAUUGGCUGACUUCAGAGAGAGGCUGGAGAGUGACCUGAGUGCUCGAGAAGGUGCUGCUAUAGUGGAAGACUGUCUGAAUGAACUUCUUGACCAAAUUCGGACCCCAGAGCGCAGCCCAUCUCCUGUGGAUGCCUGUGCCAUGGAGGAAGAAUUGUUCCACCAGAAGAAUCCUGAGUUGCAUUAUCAGCAUCAAGUGGUAAAGCAGCUGCAUAAACUGUGGAGACAGCGCAUGACUAUUCCCUCAGCCUUUGAAGAGAAAGUGCCCUCAGGCCAGAGCACCCCGGAGCCUCUCCCUGCUCAGAACAACACCAUGGAGGUCCCAGAUGGGAAGAACUCACUCGAGGAGGCUCCAAAACAAAGGACAAAUGUUGAGGAGGAAGAAGCAGCCCCCUCACAAUGGAACCUUUCCCUCAAGGACUUUAAGCAGGCUAUCAUGUCAAUCCCCAGGGAGGAGCAGAGGGAAGAAGCACUGACCCAGCUCAAUAAGGCAGCUCUGGAGCUGUGUGUUGAACAGAGGCCAACUCAGUCAGACCUUCUGUAUCCACUCUGCCUCCAGCUGUGGCGUGGAGCAAUCGAUGAUAUGGUGAAUCACGCUCUGAGGCUGAGAUCCCUGUAUAAUUUGCUUGAGAAAGACACCUGUGUAGAUGCUGUUCCAAAGGAAACAGAAGCUCCUCAGAAGCCGGUGGACCCUAAUUUGUUGAGAACAUACCAGGAGAAACUCUAUAUUGAAGUUUAUAGGCUGCUGGAUUCAAUGCUGAGUGAAAUGGUGUCUUUAUUUGAGGAUCUAACUCCACAAGGUGCUCAGAAGUGGGAGAGCGAAGCCCUUU